GAGUGAAAAUAUUGGCAGACGAGUAUGCCAACUGUCAUUUUAAGUAGAAUACACACAGAAGACGGAAUUCGUCCUAUUGUCUCGCUUCACAUAAAAUAUAAGUUGAACGUUUUAAGCUCAGAAAAACAGUAUUAAUUGCUAAAUAAUAAUUUAAGUGAAGCAAAUAAAAAGCGAAAAAUUCGCAUUGUUAACAGUAUGUGGCUAAGGAAGCGGAAAUGUAAUUGUUGUCUCUGCGAAAUAUUGUUAGAAUAAGUUGCAAGGAAAGUGUUGAGCUUUACGAGCGUAAUGCAGCAAUGAGCUAGCUAGGUAGUUAAAUUAAUAGUAGCGUACAAGAAAGCGAAAAGUGUUUCAACUUUGGCGAAGGUGAUGUACCAGCUGGCAAGCGUGCGUGAAACAUUCAAAAAUAUUUUGAAGAAAAUCAAAUAGAAGUUUUGGAAAUUGGAGAAAAUUUUGCUUAAAUCAGCUGAGUCAGCAGUAUAUGUUUUGACUGUUGUUGUUUGAUUCGGUGUGGCGUCAGUGAAAAACCUUGAUGACUGUAAACGAAAAAGUCCACCCAACAAUUGUGCGUACUGGUUGGUGGGUAGCGGCGUCGACAAGGCGACUGUGUGCAUGCGUGCUAUUGUGUUUGUGAACCUUUGUCUCGGUGUAAAGUUCUGUCUGUGUCACUUGUGUCGGCAGCGGAGGUGAGGAAGUUAAAGUCGAAUUAAAGGCCGGUCAACUGUAAAUGUAUGUGCAGCGAAGAGUAUAAAGUGAAAUGUGGGAUAUUACAUAAAGAAAAAAUAUUCGUGCGUACUAUAUAGCAAAUGCUUAAUUGAAAAGCCUUACACAACUUAACAGAGAAAAAAUUAUGUUUAAAUAAUAACAAGAAAUGUGAAAUGUUUAAGGCACGGUCUUGCGAAAAAUAAUAUAUUACAUUAUAAUAAUUGAAAAACGGUAAAACGGUUAUGUUGCCCCUUACUGUUGCAAUUUCGGCAACUCAAAAGUGAAUUUUUCGCCAUAAAAGCUUUAACAAAGUAUGAACGCGAACAUGUCAGCCACAUCAAAUAUGGAGCAGCCAAGUAAUCAUUGCGAGGCGCAUUUGCUUGCAGCCACUACCGAAAUCGAGGCGCUCAAGCAGGCUCUGCUCGAGAAACAUAGUCAAAUUGUCGCCAUGGAAACGGCAUGCAUACAGGAAACCGAACGACAAGUCGAAUUGGAAGAUAGUGUCAUUGCGUGGCAAGAUAAAUAUGAUCGUUUGUAUGAGUCACAUAAACGUGUGCAAAAAGUGAAUCAAAGCUUGGAGGAUAAAUUGCUCAAAUUGGUGGAUCGCAAUACUGGCGAGCGAGCGCAAUUGACCAGCGAUGUUGCCACUUUGAGCGUACGAUUGGCGCAAGCGAAUUUUAAUAUCGCAAAGCUGCAACGGGAAAUCGAACGCUACAAAUCGGAUAUAAAUUUAGCAAUACAACUGUUGCAGUGCAAGCCAGAUAGUUUCAUGCCACAAAAAGUAUCAUCGUUACCGAUUGAUAUACAAUCGAAAGUAUCAGCCUACAUGCGCCUGGAGACUAAUUCACACUCUGAUUCGGAAGGUAGCACUAGCGGCGUCGGCACCGCCACGACAGCUUCCUAUAAAGUGCUUCCAGCAUCAGAUUCACCGCCACCAACCGCGUGCCCCUUUCCGCCAACUGCAAUGGUAUACUCAAUGCGGGGGCUCGGUAAGUGUUAG